AUGUGGCGGGAUCGCACCAACCUCUAUAUCUCCUACCGCCAAUCCUUCGCGCACCACCCAGCCAAGAAACCGCGUUUUACAGGCUCCUCCAAUGGCUUCGACUCACCCUCCCAACCGGAGGAAAGCCGGCGACUGAUCUCCGAGCCGGGCGGAUUCGAAGAGGAUGGAGACAUGGUUAUUGAGAUGGAUCUGUUACCGCCGCGCUGGGCUGAUGUCCAGGAAGAGGUCUCGGAGCAUUUGGCGGAUAUUGCGCAGAAGUCGGCUCACCUAGAUAAGCUGCAUCAGAAGCACUUGCUCCCUGGAUUUGGGGAUGAGGAUCUUCGGAAACAAGAUGAGGGAAUGAUUGAGAAGUUGACUCAGGAGAUUACGCGCAGUUUCCAUGAUUGCCAGAGGGCUAUUAAAAGGAUCGGGGUGAUGAUUCAAGAGUCAAAGCAGCAGGGUAGCGUGACGGGUGCCGAGGAGACAAUGGCGAAGAAUAUCCAAAUUUCUUUAGCGGCCAGAGUUCAAGAAGCGAGCGCAAGCUUUCGGAAGAAGCAGAGCAAUUAUUUGAGGAAACUGCGCGAUAUAGAAGGAUUUGCUACGCCGUUCGAUCGUGCGCCGACGCCUGUUCAGAAUCCCUAUACCGAUCCCUCUCUCAUGGAGUCAGAUGCGGACAAGUCAUUUUCUCAGACGAUGUUGAUGCAGACGCAACAGCGGGCGACGGGUCAAAACGACGCAGCUAUUGCGCAGCGAGAGCGCGAAAUUAACGACAUCGCUAAGGGUAUUAUUGAACUUUCGGAUAUCUUCAGGGAACUUCAGACCAUGGUCAUUGAUCAAGGUACCAUGCUUGAUCGCAUUGAUUAUAAUGUCGAGAAAAUGGGAACCGAGGUUAAGGGUGCGGAGAAAGAACUGAAAGUGGCUACAAAUUAUCAACGACGAACUACCAAACGAAAGGCUAUGCUUUUGUUGGCCCUGGUGGUCAUAGGCUUGAUCAUUAUCGUGGUUAUCAAACCGAAAAAGCAUGGAUCCCCACCGGAGGCGGCUGCUGAAUCUGAUAGCAACACUCGAUCAGUGCUGGCAUUGGUAAAGCGAGCAAAACGAAAUUCUCCAUCCAGUCUCUUUGGUCGAGAUCGUUGGAUGGACCCGGAUAUAUUACGAUGA